AGGCGCUUUCAUUUGUUUUGAGCUCAAAUGACAUCAACUAUCUUUAAGUAGAUUUUCGACUAUUUGAAAGUUAAAAUUAUGUGGAGGUUAAGUCGAGUCCGCUAUAAAGCUGGCCGAGCAGGUUACAGCUUGGAGGAGUUCCGGUUAAAGAGGCGAGAGCAAGAAAAAGCUCUUCGUCAGGCCCGCCGAGACAGAGAACUCGUGAGCAAGAGACUCCUGCUGGAUGAAGAUGAUGGGCAGCAAGAGGCCAUCAUGGACACUUAUUCAGAUGACAAGGAUGUUGUCAGUUUGUUGCACAAAAUUCAACACCGUGGUCCAGAGAGGGAAGGCCACCUUUAUACCUUGGGUAAAUCUCUCCGUGACCCAGCAUCUCAACUUGUCUUCAUUAAACAAGAGAACAGUGUCCACGUGCUAAUUGGGCUACUGACAGGCACCAACACUCAAUGUCGCCUGCAGUCUCUUCACUGUCUCCACGAGCUGUCUCACUCUCCUCACCCCAGCGUUGCCCCAGCCUGUCUGCCCGCCACACCCUACCUCCUCACCUAUCUAUCUGGACAAAGUACCAGGUUCACUGAACUUUGCCUCUAUACACUUGGGAAUAUAUUCCCAGACAGUGAUGUCGUAAGAGAGAAACUUCUGGCUCAGGGAAUCAUACCAGCCCUUGCCAGUUGUAUAGAGAACCAGAGACAUAACAUGGCAGUGGUGGAAGCUGUCGGCUUCACCCUUUCACAACUUCUCCAGACCAAAGAAGCAUCACGGAAAAUAAUCCCGUUGGUUCUGGCUUCUAGUUUACCUUCAAACCUUUUAGCAGUCCUGACACCCAACCAAAAUUUUGCACUGGGGCCUGCCAUUGAGUGUGCUUGGUGUCUGCAUUACCUCACAUGCAGUGGUGAGGAUCUCCAAGCCGUGUUGGCUUCCGACGUUGUGUUGCAGUGCGGUAUGCUGUUAGUGUCACUGAGUGACACUGUUGCUCAAGGAAACAAAGAAGGAGGACUGGAACUGCUCAUCUGGCCUCUGCUGAGGUGCGUAGGGAACCUCCUGUCUUCCUCCACAUCAGAUGAGGUUUGCGCUUGUUUGAGUGACGAAAGGGUCGUAGCUGCUCUGUGUGGUCUGCUUCAGGCUUACAUCCAGAUUCAACCAGCUUUGGCCAGAGAGAGCGCCUGGGUCCUCAAUAAUUUCACAGCUCGAUCAAGUUUAUUCUGUUCAACCUUGAUGAGGCUCAACUUGGUCCCGAGUUUAAUCCAGCUUCUGCCAUUCUCUCAAGGCAUCAACACAAUGAUCCUAAGAGUUCUAGCUAACAUUGCCCACAAGAAAAGGGAGUCCUGCGUCGAGCUGGCGGAGUUCGGAUUGCUGUCCUCCCUCUCUGCCACACUUAAAAUGGCAGCGCAAGAGGUGGUGACCUUGAGUCUGGACAUCCUUUUCAUGCUCCUAGCUAGCGGUUCUCAAGUAGUGGAGGACUUUGUGAAGCUAGGCGGGAUUUCACUUCUUGAAACUUUUCAUUACUGCAGCGAAGGAGAUGUAAGGCGAAGGGCAACGUACCUCCUGGAGCACCAUCUUCUGACCGGCUCACCGUACUCUGGAAACUGCAUCCCACAUUCUUGACAGGAAGUCAGAUGUGGGAAAUCCAUCCAUCCAUUUUCUUUGCCUACCUGGCUUAUCCUCACAAGGGACGCGUGGAGUGCUGUAGCCUAUGCCAGCGGUCAUCGGGCAGGAGGCAGGGGACACUGAACUGGUCUCCAGCCAAUCACAGAGCACAUGGAGACAGACAACAGUCGCACUCACAAUCACACUUAGGCGCAAUUUUUGAGAUGUGGGAGGAAACCCACGCAGGCACGGGGACAACAUGCAAAUUCCACAAAGGGAGGGCUGGGAUUGAACCCGGCUCCUCAGAACAGUGAGGCCAACACUUUUCAUCCGAUCCACCGUGCCGUGGGCAAUAUCGUAUUAAAUUAAAAUGCAUCAAAAACUCAUCUUAGAGAGGAAAAGUACUCCACAAUUUCAUAUUUUUUUGUGUUUUGAAGUGUAAAGGUACAUUUGGACUAGAUAGAUCAGGGCUCAAUAACCUUUUGGUGGCUGAGGGCUACUUCGUGAGCACCGAUCAUAUGAAGGGCUACGUGACCUGUUUGCAUCAAAUUUCAGACUCAGUUCAUUACAUGUACAUAAAAUAUUUUUGUUUAUUGUAGUGAAUGGUAAAUUACAAGUA